AUGUUCUUCUUUUUGUAUCACAGUGGUUGCCCAUAUAUAUCAAAUACAAUAAUCAGAUCAAUAAUUGUUAUAGUUAGUAUUGUAGAUAAUAUCACAAAGAUUGUUAAUAUAAUUAUAUCAUACUGCUGGAGCAGUGUUGUAUUUGACAGUCAUAUAAAUUUUUAUAAAACAAGUCCUAUCAAAAACACAGCAUUAAUCUCGGGAGCCAAUGAUAAAUACAGACCUAAGAUAUUUUGUGCAGUUGCCCUUGGUAUUGAUCAAAGUCUGACAUCUUCUGGCAUGAUACAAAUAAUAAGGAGUUAUAUCGGAGCACAAGCAGAGGAAUCGCACCAGGACAGCACCAAAAUUCAUUCCUGGGAGAUAUAA